UCGAUGGUUGCUCUACUUCGCGCUAUGGGCACAUUAAAGAUUGACUUCAAAUCACCGAAUAGUGUUGAGGAUACACAGCAGUUUUUCAGUAUAAGCCAAACAUGUGAUGAGUCAAUGGUUGCUCUACUUCGCGCUAUGGGCACAUUAAAGAUUGAUUUCAAAUCACCGAACAGUGUUGAGGAUACACAGCAGUUCUUCAGCAUAAGCCAAACGUGUGAUGAGGGUGAACUGCCGCCAGACUUAGCAAGUGUUAUGAAACGUCUUUGGGCGGAUCCAGGAAUACAGGAGUGCUUUAUGAGGUGGGCAUAUAUCAUAACGCGGGAUUUGUCAGUUCAUUUCCACUUUUUUCAUAUAUCGAAUUGGCUAUCUUCUCUAUACAAAGACGAAUUAGCACGUGCUCAGCUUUGCGCCCUUUCCAUAAAGCUAGCAUUUCAUUGUAAACAAGCAGAGGUUGCUCGCAACGCGGGACGAUUGCUAACAAUUGAUUACUUUGUCGAGAAAUACUUUGAUAUAAUAGUUUCUCUUCUAGCCACUAGUUUUCCAUGUUUGAUUUCGUUAAGGUUUUGAGA